AUGGAUGUCGUGAACCAACUUUCUUCCUUGUUGAAAUUGGCAUUUGACCAUCUGAUCCUUAUGCCUAUUACUGUUCAUUUUCGUCAGUUUUUCUUGUUUCCCAUUUGCCAGAACGUUUGUCCAUAUUUAGGCUACUUAUUGGCACAAGCAGUUGUUCUACCUCAUCAAGGCAAUGCAUAUGGCAUCAAGCCAGAUGCCUGUGGUUUUUGGGCAUCUCAGCUUACCCGUGAUAUGAAAACACAGGAGGAGCUAAACUCAAAUAUGCUUGGGCGUGGGCGUGGGCGUGGGCGUGGGUGUGGGCGUGAGCUUGUGCUUGUGCUUGUGCUUGGACUUGGGGUCGUGGUGCUAUACACCAAGAGAUUUGUUUCUUUCUCCCUUCUAAAGGGCCCGCAGUCUUACUGGAAGUAUAUUGGGUAUCGUCCUGUCGAAACAAGCUUAUCGGGACAAUCAAAUGAGUCUAUUAACCCCAGAACAUGUAUGGUACUUGAGUGGGGCAGACUAACUGGUCACGGAUCUAUUAUGAGGAAGGAUGCUCUAGUUAUAUAG